AAUUCGUGAAAGUGUCACGCGUUGUCUCCCCUCUUCCUCUCCAUCAACCAUCCACUACCUCGACCAUCCGCCAUAAGAGGUAUUUGCCACCAUGGCGGUCCUCACACACCUCCUCACCGUCCUCCUCGCGUGCUCAACCCUGACCCAAGCGCACAACAUCCUCCUACGAGCGCAUUCCCGAGAAUGCUUCCACGAGACGCUGCAUAAGGAGGACAAGAUGACGGUCACAUUCCAAGUCGGAGACAGAGAAUUCUCAGGGAGCGGGAACCUUGAUGUUGACUUCUGGAUCCAACAGCCAUCAGGUGCAUACCAAGUCCGCCAGAACACCGUCAGCUCUGGCGACCAUACCUUCGAGGCGCCGCAGGAUGGCCAAUACACAUACUGCUUCAGCAACGAGCACUGGUCGGCGAACAGCAAAGAGGUCAGCUUCAACGUUCACGGCAUGGUCUAUGUGCCGGAACACGAGAUGCCAUCAGAUCCGCUAGAAAUAGAAGUGCGCCAAAUGUCCGACCUCCUCGCCCAAGUGAAGGACGAGCAAGGCUACAUGGUCAUCCGCGAGCGCAACCACCGCAACACCGCCGAGUCCACCAACGCGCGCGUCAAGUGGUACAACAUCUUCCAGCUCGGCAUUGUCAUUGGCGAGGGCUUUUUCCAGGUGUGGUGGCUGCGACGCUUCUUCGAGGUCAAGCGAGUGGUUUAGAGUACUCUAUAAACGGAGAUAUGGGGGUUGCUGUAUGAAUAGCUGGAACUAUGAUACUACUUGUCAAUCCCUCCUUUCAUCUCGUG